AUUGUGGCUCUUAUUCAAGUUGAUCCUUAUAUUAGUGGUAUUCACAGUAACCGAUUAUAAUCGUGAGGACGAUUAUAAUCACAAUCGAUUAUAAUCAUAUACCAUGAACGCACCAGAUUAUUGUUGUAUUUUGAUUAUUUUGCCUAAAAUAUCCAGCAGGAUUCAUUAAAUAGUAUCAUAGCAACGGCUACUUUUUCGGACGUUUUAAAAAAGUUGCAUUUGGAUCAAGGAUUAAUGUCGCAUUUAUUAACAUAAACAUUGAUAAACUAUGAAAUACACUUAGUUGGCUUGGGGAGUAGAGGAAAAACCCGAUGUUGGUGGGUUGGGAAAACCUUUACUUGAUCCGGAUAGGCGUCCGAGACUUAUCAAGGAUUAUAAUCCAAAUAAUCGUCCUCGGAGAGGAUUAUUUUUUUGACGAUUAUAAUCACAUUGGUUUAUUUUUCCCCAUAGAGAAUUUUUGGGUGAUUAUAAUCGAUAAUGAUUAUAAUCGCAAUAAUCGGUUACUGUGAAUACCCAGGGCGCAUAAACUUUUUGUUGUCCGUGGUUUCUCUUAAGGUACCACAAGAGAGUUGGCAAGGAAUUAUACCACUAACUUUGAUUGUAAUUUUCUCAGAAAUUAUAGUAGGUAGAAAUUUGGUUCAAAUACAAAUUUUGUAAAAAAUUUACUGCUCUAAAUUUUGGUAAAUGUCCCCUUUUGCUGUUACUUAUACUUACGUAUUUAUAGCCAAAAUAGUCGACCAUGAUGAAUUUUUUUUAAAACGUCCUAGCGUCAAAACCAUACGGAGCACAAACGUGGGACGACUCCCACAUCGUGCGAAAUAGUUUUACUUGGGGAGCAUAACGGGUCUCAUUUCCAUAUUCUCUUCCAUACUUUCCGAAACAGCAUUUCUAUACUUGCCCCUCCAUAUUAUUUUAUGUUUCUGAGGACAAAAAUGGUUCACAUCUCAUCACCUGACACAAGUGAGCCCAUAAACGGAUUAUACACCCUGCAGAAAUAUAUAAUGAUUCCAAAUAACAACCAUUAUGACCUCAAAGUCCACCCCCUCCAUCUCGGGGAGCUCUUAAAAAUACCCAAAUGCUCUUGUUGUUAUGCGGAGCCGUACUUCAUGUCUUGACUCAUUUUCUCUAAAAAGUCAUGUUGCUAAGUCCAGAAAAAAUUGAAAUAUUCAACCUCUUGUGGUACCUUAAGGGGGUGAUGCAGGGAUGAGCAUUUUUUCUAAAAAAUUAAAAAAUUAAAAGUUCGGGAAUUGCAUGCAAUUUUCCCAUGAAUUUGAUUGUUCCCAUGAAUUCAUGGUUCCCAUGAAUUUCCCAUGAAUUAAGAGAAACCACGGACAACAAAAAGUUUAUGCGCCCUGGUGAAUACCACUAUUGUAUGAAAGUUGUUAUAGAAUCGUCCUAAAUUAGAUUAAGAUCUAGGGAUCAGCCGGACGGGACAUAUUUCCAAUACGCAAUAAUAUACAUCACACCAACCUAAUCAUACUACAAUAUCAUGUCAAAAUCAUCAUCCCUAUUUUACAGGAUUUACUUCAUACUAGUCAUCUUUCUUUGUCUGGAAAAUGCUGAGGGUAGCGACACCUCGGCGUUCCUUCUUAAAAAACUUCAUUUACUGUAUCGUCGACGUCGUGUCGGUCAAGAGCGGUCACGUUCUUCCCAGUUUACCUUUGCCACCUUGAAUACGCACGUCGCUAAAUCUUACUCCGAGCUUCCUCCACUUCCAUCCCAGCUCUCCACCAUCCUGUCCGAGUUGUCGGGAGCCAAGCCAUGUGGCGCAUCCCUCUCUGUUACACUCACCAAAUUCAGAAAAAAGGGAUCUCGAACGAUGUGUCUGUUUAAGAUCCAGCCCGAUUCAAUCCAACUGCAAAGCAUAUUCCACCAGGUUUCACAAACUAGAACUUAUAAUUUUUGCAUUCCUCUUCUGUUCUCCGAAUCUCCACAUUUCACAGGGUUCGGGAAUCACAAUUGGAGAUCAAAGGCUUUCUCCGUCACAACUCUAUGCUAAAAUCCAACCUGUCCGUGGCUUUUUGGUUGGUUAUCCAAGUUCUGUUGUCCAUGGGCACAUUUCACAAAGGAACGAAUUUUAUGGUUGGAUAAAACUAGUGGAUAAAAGACGAGGUCAUCACAUUGCGUUCUACGUAGAACCAAUAGAAAACGCUCCACUUUAUAACACUCGAUUUCUUGAUUCACCCAUCGCCCGGAUGGAAAGUGACAAUGCAAUCCUCUUUGAAAUGAUACCCAAACCCCAUAAUCAUCACCCUAAGAGUACCAAUAAAUCACACUCAAUAACAUCACUUAACCUCAAAACACGUAGUAUAACAACUUCAACAAUUAUGGAACACAGCUCCUCCGUGUCGGCCACGCCCGAAGCUGAGCAGGCUGUCGAAUUUUCUACUGAAGACGACGAUGCCUCGACAGAUUCUACGGGGUCAGAUUCGAUGGGGAUAGGUUCGAUGGAGUCAACCUUUAUGACUGAUCCUAACGACAUUCAGCAAAGCACUACUGUUGAUAAAAUACCCACGUCAUCAGUUACUCAAAGCGUUACCAGUAUAACGUCGCCGCUCGACUCUUCAUUGUCCCAGACCACAUCAACCGCCUUAUUGACCAUUAGCAGUACGAGUGACGACUCAGAGGUUUCCGAUCCUCCUGAAGUAUAUGACGACGAGAACUCCACAUUGGUCUCCCCAGAGUCGUCGGGCCAUAUGCCGGAAUCAUUUGUCACAAAAACUCCCCAAGCAAAUCUUAGUGUUGGUGACAUUGGCAAUAUCACUUCUACAACAAGUUCACACGAUGAUGAUUAUGAAGACUUCAAAAAGCCAUCAAUGGGUAAUUUCUCUUCAGAUGGCGAACUUAAAACACAAACCAAUGACACCAACAAGUUCGGUGAUUUGCCAUUCCACUCGACAGCAAUAGUAACAGGAUCUCAGCCUGUAAAUUCAGUGCUUACAUUUGGGACCAUAAACGUGUCACAGAGGACAUCAACAAGCCCACCUGACCCUGAGGACAAAUCCAGUUCAACUUCUUCUGGAGCUGAAGGCUCUUUUUCCACUACUUUAAGGAGGAAACGUGACCCUAUUUUCCACUCUACCCAGGCCACCCCACGCCCCAGACCCAAGAAUAACAGCCGAGUGAGACGAAAUCUUGACUUGUUCAAUUUUCUCCUCCCUUCGGGGGACAUUGCAGAUGAGUUGGACUUGACUGGCGAGGACUGGUCAAAAUCAGAAACAUUAUUCAGCCAGUCAUUGUCCGCACAUCCCAUUUGUUCCUUGUGCAUUUGGAUUCAACCCAAUUUCGCUUCCUCAUUCGGUGCAAAAUCUGGGCUUCUACACGGAAUUUCUGAAGUCGUUCAAAUUGUCCGUUUAACUGAUUGGCUUUUGAGAAGCCAAGAUUUCAAUGAGGAUGGACUGCCAGACAAUAUUGGGCUCAAAAUAAAAACUAUUUUCACCUCAGAUACCAUCCACCUUAAACCCACUCAAGCCGAGAAGGACGAUGCAAAGUCUGGCCCACUAUAUCCAUUGAUGCGUAGUACCCAUCGUAAAAAUAAGCGCUCAUUGAAGGACUCUGCCGCAUUUGACCCUUCAAACUACGACCACAACCUCGCUUUUGAGAGCGUUGAUACUGAUUAUCCAACGCAUAUUUUGGACAACCCUAACGACGCUAUGAAACUUGGAAUUCCCAUCCCACGCAAACCAACUUCGAUGGAGGACGCCCCACUCGAGGAAAUCCCAUUUUCCAAAAUGAUUUAUUCAGUCACUGCGAAAGAGACCUUUGCGCGAAUUGCUCCACAAAUGAGGGCGCAAGAAGAACUAACAGGCUGCUGUGCUCGAUUAGCUUUUAUUUACCAUAAUAUCUCCCCCUCACUUUCAAUAUCCACAAAAAAUGGUGGCUGUGACCGAAUUAAUAACCUGAUUCUCAUUUCUGGACUUUAUGGGACAAGUAAAGUUGGGACAUGGGACAUUGUUCGCCAUCUUCUCCACAGCAUAGGUCAUAUUUUGGGAGCUGAUCAUGAAAAUUUAGUAGAUGGCAAGUGUGGACUGCAUCAUGUCGAUACACAGGAGACAGAACGCGCAUUCCUCGACCCACCCGUCAUGGACCCCCGUCCUUAUCUCAAUAUGGGUCUCAGACCUGCCUCUCACCGAUUCUCAGCCUGUGCGCGACAUGGGAUGGCCCUUUUCCUCACUUCGCAGAAUGCUCACUGCCUCAAGGGCGCUCAUGAUGAAGCGGUUUGCGGAAAUGGAUUGGUAGAAGGAGAUGAAGUUUGUGACUGCGGAUCACCUUCGACUUGCCUGCUAAGCGGGGGCUGUUGUGGAGAAAGUGUUUUCUCUUGCGCCAAGGUGGACUGUUCGGCAGGACAAUAAUCUUAAAACUGGAUGCGACAGGAAUUUAAUCCUGAGAUGAGUUACUAAAAUACUUAAAAUAUCGAUGCUCAACUUACUUAACUGGAAUUGUUUUUGAUGGAAUAAAGUCGUACUAU